CCGCGCCUGCAGAUAUUCGCGCACGGAACUUCUGAUGUGAUUCACAGUCGCGCCGCAAUUCCGCGCCGUCCGCUCGUCUCGCCGGAUAGUUUCGUUCUCGCAAUAAACAUCGGGAGCCGGUCGAUACGACGAACUACGAAUCCUUACAGCGCGAACUGCGUUACUACUUGUUAUUAUUUGGAUUGCGAGUGACAAUAAAUGAACGGUGGUACCGAUCGAUACGCACACGCCGUAGUCGCCACUCGCCGCUCGUCCGACAGCCGACAAUAGAAGCCACUUAGGACGAAGGUCCCGAUUUUUGUUAACAUUCAAUACCGCACGCCAGCGACAUGCCGAGCGCGGUGAACGGCGGUCGCGCGGGCGACGACGAUGACAUCGUGCUGUCGGGCCUAUCGGGCCGCCUGCCCGAGUCCGACAGCAUCGACGAGUUCGCGCAGCAACUGUUCGACGGCGUGGACCUGGUCACGGCCGACGACCGGCGCUGGACCCCGGGGCUGCACGGGCUGCCGGCGCGCAGCGGCAAGCUGAAGCAGCUGGCGCACUUCGACGCCACGUUCUUCGGCGUGCACGCCAAGCAGGCGCACCUCAUGGACCCGCAGCUGCGCCUGCUGCUCGAGCUCACGCACGAGGCCGUGCUGGACGCCGGCCUGGCGCCCGCCGAGCUGCGCGGCUCGCGCACCGGCGUGUUCGUGGGCGUGUCCAACUCGGAGACGGAGGAGCUGUGGACGGCCGACCCCGACAAGAUCAACGGCUACGCGCUCACGGGCUGCUGCCGCGCCAUGUUCCCCAACCGCCUGUCCUACACCUUCGACCUGCGCGGCCCGUCCUACGCCGUGGACACGGCGUGCUCCAGCUCCAUGUUCGCGCUGGCGCAGGCCGUGGCCGCCAUGCGCGCCGGCGCCUGCGACGCCGCCGUGGUGGCGGGCACCAACCUGUGCCUCAAGCCCGCCAACUCGCUGAACUUCCACCGGCUCAGCAUGCUGUCGCCCGAGGGCCGCUGCGCCGCCUUCGACGCGUCGGGGCGCGGCUACGUGCGCUCCGAGGCGGCCGUGGUGGUGUUGCUGCAGCGGCGCGGCGCGGCGCGGCGGGCCUACGCCGCCGUGCGCGCGGCGCGCAUGAACACGGACGGCGCCAAGGAGCAGGGCAUCACGUUCCCGUCCGGCGCCGUGCAGCGCCAGCUGGCCGAGGAGACGUUCCGCGAGGCGGGGCUGCGGCCGCGGGACGUGGCCUACGUGGAGGCGCACGGCACGGGCACCAAGGUGGGCGACCCGCAGGAGGUCAACGCCAUCGCCGACCUGUUCUGCCCCGGCCGCACCGCGCCGCUGCUGCUGGGCUCGGUCAAGUCCAACAUGGGCCACUCGGAGCCCGCGUCGGGCCUGUGCUCCGUGGCCAAGGUGCUGCUGGCCAUGGAGCGCGGCGUGCUGCCCGCCAACCUGCACUACCGCGAGCCCAACCCCGACAUCCCGGCGCUGAGCGACGGCCGCAUCCGCGUGGUGGACCGCAACACGCCGUGGGACGGCGGCCUGGUGGCCGUCAACUCGUUCGGCUUCGGCGGCGCCAACGCGCACGUCAUCCUGGAGUCGGCGCGCGCCGGCCGGCCGCCGGCCGCCGCCUACGCCGCGCCGCGCCUGCUGCUGGCCUCGGGCCGCACCGAGGCGGCCGUGCGCGCGCUGCUGGCGCUGGGCGCGCGGCACCCGCGCGACGCCGAGCUGCACGCGCUGCUGGACGCCGCGCACGCGCGCGCCACGCCGGGCCACGGCUGGCGCGGCUGGGCGCUGCUGGGCGGCGCGCCCGCCGAGGCCGGCGAGCUGGAGGGCGAGGCGCGGCCCGUGUGGUUCGUGUUCUCGGGCAUGGGCUCGCAGUGGGCCGGCAUGGGGCGCGCGCUGCUGCGCCUGCCGGCCUUCGCGGCCAGCGUGGCGCGCUCGGCCGCCGCGCUGCGCCCGCACGGCGUGGACCUGCUGCACACGCUGAGCGACGCGCCCGACGCCGCCUUCGACGACGUGGUGGCGUCCUUCGUGUCCAUCGCCGCCGUGCAGGUGGCGCUGGUGGACGUGCUGCGCGCCGCGGGCGUGCGGCCCGACGGCAUCGUGGGCCACUCCGUGGGCGAGAUCGGCUGCGCGUACGCCGACGAGACGCUGACGGGCGAGCAGGCCGUGCUGGCGGCGUACUGGCGCGGCCGCAGCAUCGUGGACGCGGGGCUGGCGCCCGGCGCCAUGGCGGCCGUGGGGCUGUCGUGGGAUGAAUGCGCGGCGCGCUGCCCGCCCGACGUGGUGCCGGCGUGCCACAACGCGGCCGACAGCGUGACGGUGUCGGGCCCGCCCGAGGCGGUGGAGCGCUUCGCGGCGCAGCUGUCGAGCGAGGGCGUGUUCGCGCGGCGCGUCAACAGCUCGGGCGUGGCCUUCCACAGCAAGUACAUCGCGGCCGCCGCGCCGCUGCUGCGCCGCAGCCUGGAGCGCGUGAUCCCGGAGCCGCGCGCGCGCUCGGCGCGCUGGGUGUCGUCGUCGCUGGCGCCCGAGCAGCGCGGCUCGCCGCUGGGCGCGCUGAGCGACGCCGCCUACCACGUCAACAACCUGCUGUCGCCCGUGCGCUUCGCGGAGGCGCUGCGCGAGGUGCCGGCGCGCGCCGUGCUGGUGGAGGUGGCGCCGCACGCGCUGCUGCAGGCCGUGUUGCGGCGCGCGCGGCCCGAGGCCGUGCACGUGCCGCUGGUGCGCCGCGACGCGCCCGACGCGCUGGAGCACGCGCUGGCGGCGCUGGGCCGCCUGUACGCGGCGGGCGCGCAGCCCAACGCGGGCGCGCUGUACCCGCCCGUGCGUUUCCCCGUGUCGCGCGGCACGCCGUCGCUGGCGUCGCACGUGCUCUGGGACCACUCGGUGGAGUGGAGCGUGGCGCACUACGGCGCGGCGCGCUCGGGCGAGAACGUCAUCGAGGUGGACCUGUCUAAGCCGGAGGACGCCUACAUCGCCGGCCACAACAUCGACGGCCGCAUUCUGUUCCCCGCCACCGGCUACCUGACGCUGGUGUGGCGCACCGUGGCCAAGCUGCACAACCGCAAGCUGGAGGACACGGCCGUCGUGCUGGAGGACGUGCAGUUCAAGCGCGCCACGCUGCUGGCGCGCGACGCGCCCGUGCGCUUCCUCGUCAACGUGCUGGAGGGCUCCGGCGACUUCGAGGUGUGCGAGGGCGGCGCCGUGGCCGUGGCGGGCCGCGUGCGCCUCACCGACGAGCCCGCCGCCGAGCGCCUGCCGCCCGCCGACGAGCCCGCCGCCGCGGCCGACGACCCCGACCUGCUGCCGCUCACGCCCGACGACGUGUACAAGGAGCUGCGCCUGCGCGGCUACAACUACGGCGGCGUGUUCCGCGGCAUCCGCGCGUCCGACGCGCGCGGCACGGUGGGCUCGCUGGCCUGGGAGGACAACUGGGUGGCCUUCAUGGACACCAUGCUGCAGUUCGGCAUCAUCGGCGCGGACACGCGCGAGCUGUACCUGCCCACGCGCCUGCAGCGCGCGCUCAUCGACCCGGCGGCGCAGCGCGCGGCGCUGGCGGCGGGCGGCGAGCUGCGCGUGCGCAUGCGGCGCGCCGAGGACGUCAUCGCGUGCGGCGGCGUGGAGCUGCGCGGCGUGAAGACCAGCCUGGCGCCGCGCCGCGCGCACGCGCAGGCCGCGCCCAAGCUGGAGCGGUACGCCUUCGUGGCCUACGACGCGGACGCGCGCUCGCGCGACCACGCGCUGCUCGUGAGCGCGCAGCUGCUGCUGGAGAACGCGGGCGCGCUGCGCCUCAAGCUGGCCGAGGCGGCGCUGGGCCGCGCGCCCGACGCGCUGCUGGCGCCCGCCGCGCUGCGCGCGCUCGAGGCCGAGCCGCAGGUGCGCGUGGACGCCGCGCUGGCCGCCGCGGGCGCGGCCGCCGACUACGCCGCGCCCAUGCAGGCGCUCGGCAUCAAGGUGACGCCCAAGGACGCCCGCAACGGGCCGCCCGACGCCGACUGCCACCUGGUGCUGGCGGCCGACGUGCUGAGCCGGCACGGCGCCCGCGUGCUGGGCCACCUGCUGGGCGCGCUGGCCGACGGCGGCAUGCUGCUGCUGGACGAGCCGCGCGGCACGCUGGAGGCGGCGGCCGCGCUGCUGGCGGACGCGGCGCUGGACGCGCUGUCGCGCCAGGCGGCCGACGGGCGCGAGUACCUGCUGCUGCGCCGCCGCGCCGCGCUGCCGCCCGCCGUGGCGGUGGAGCUGGACGACGGCUUCGCCUGGGUGGAGCCGCUGCGCGAGGCGCUGCUGCGCGCCGAGCGCGAGCCGCUGCGCGUGUACGCCGUGGCGCGCGGCGCGGGCUCGGGCGUGCUGGGCCUGGGCGCGUGCCUGCGCGGCGAGCCGGGCGGGCGCGCGCUGCGCGUGCUGCUGGCGCCCGGCGCGCCCGCCUUCGCGCCCGACCGCGCGCCCUACGCGGAGCACGUGCGCCGCGACCUGGCCGUGGGCGUGCUGCGCGGCGGCGCGUGGGGCAGCUACCGGCACCUGCCGCUGCCGGACGCGGCGCCGCUGCGCGUCGAGCACGCGUACGUCAACACGCUCACGCGCGGCGACCUGGCGUCGCUGCGCUGGAUCGAGAGCGACCUGCGCCACGCGGCCGCGCGCCCGGCCGCGCCGCGCUCGCUGCUGUGCCGCGUGCACUACGCGCCGCUCAACUUCCGCGACGUCAUGCUGGCCACGGGCAAGCUGCCGCCCGACGCGCUGCCGGGCAACCUGGCGGGGCAGGACUGCAUCCUGGGCCUGGAGUUCAGCGGCCGCGCGCCCGACGGCCGCCGCGUCAUGGGCAUGGUGGCGGCGCGCGGCCUGGCCACCACGGUGCUGGCCGACGAGGGCUUCCUGUGGGAGGUGCCGGCCGCCUGGAGCCUGGAGGAGGCGGCCACGGUGCCGGUGGCCUACGCCACGGCCUACUACGCGCUGGCCGUGCGCGGGCGCAUGCGGCGCGGCGAGGCCGUGCUGGUGCACGCGGGCACGGGCGGCGUGGGGCAGGCCGCCAUCGCCAUCGCGCUGGCGGCCGGCUGCAGCGUGUUCGCCACGGUGGGCACGGCCGACAAGCGCGCCUUCCUGCGCGAGCGCUUCCCCGCGCUGCCCGCGGCGCACGUGGGCAACUCGCGCGACUGCAGCUUCGAGCAGCUCGUGCUGCGCCAGACGCGCGGGCGCGGCGUGGACCUGGUGCUCAACUCGCUGGCCGGCGACAAGCUGCUGGCGUCCGUGCGCUGCCUGGCGCCGGGCGGCCGCUUCCUGGAGAUCGGCAAGCUCGACCUGUCCAACAACACGGCGCUGGGCAUGGCCGUGUUCCUCAAGAACACCACGUUCCACGGCAUCCUGCUGGACGCGCUGUUCGACGCGGCCGACGACUGCGAGGAGAAGGCGGCCGUGGUGCGCUGCGUGAGCGACGGCAUCGCGUCGGGCGCCGUGCGGCCGCUGCCCGCCACGGUGUUCGCGGAGCGCCAGCUGGAGCAGGCCUUCCGCUUCAUGGCCGCCGGCAAGCACAUCGGCAAGGUGGUGCUGCGCGUGCGCGACGACGACGACGCCGCGCGCCUGCUGCCCGCCAUCCCGCGCACCUACAUGCACCCCGCCAAGAGCUACGUGCUGGUCGGUGGGCUGGGCGGCUUCGGGCUGGAGCUGGCGCAGUGGCUGGUGGUGCGCGGCGCGCGCGCGCUGGUGUUCAACUCGCGCAGCGGCGUGCGCACGGGCUACCAGGCGUGGUGCGUGCGGCGCUGGCGCGCGCGCGGCGUGCGCGUGCUGGUGAGCACGGCGGACGCGGCCACGGCGCCGGGCGCGCGCGCGCUGCUGACCGACGCGGCGGCGCUGGCGCCCGUGGGCGGCGUGUUCAACCUGGCCGCCGUGCUGGCCGACGCCUUCCUGGAGAACCUCACGCCCGAUGACUUCCGCACCGUGGCGCGCCCCAAGGCCGACGCCACGCGCGCGCUGGACGCCGCGUCGCGCGACCUGGCGCCCGAGCUGGACUACUUCGUGGCUUUCUCGUCCGUGUCUUGCGGCCGCGGCAACCCGGGCCAGAGCAACUACGGCCUGGCCAACUCUGCCAUGGAGCGCGCCGUGGAGCAGCGGCGCGCCGACGGGCUGCCCGGCCUGGCCGUGCAGUGGGGCGCUAUCGGCGAGGUGGGACUGGUGGCGGACACCAUGGGCGGCGACGACGCCGUGGUGGGCGGCACGGUGCCGCAGCGCAUCGCUUCGUGCAUGGAGGCGCUGGGCGCGCUGCUGGCGCUGCCGCACGCCGUGGCCGCCAGCAUGGUGCUGGCCGACAAGCGCCGCACCGCCGCCGCGCCGCAGGAAGACCUGGCGCACGCGGUGGCCAACAUCCUGGGCAUCAAGGACCCCUCCAAGGUGGCGGACGCGGCCAGCCUGGCCGAGCUGGGCAUGGACUCGCUCAUGGGCGCCGAGAUCAAGCAGACGCUCGAGCGCGGCUACGACGUGGUGCUGGGCGUGCAGGAGAUCCGCGGCCUCACGUUCGCCAAGCUGCGCGAGCUGGGCGGCGCGGGCGGCGCGGCCGAGCCGGCGCCCGCCGCGGCCGCCGCGCCCGACGCGGCUGCGCCCGCGCCGCCCGCCGAGCUGGCCCAGUUCGCGGGCGAGCUGGUGCCGCAGCAGGUGGUGGUGCGCCUGCCCAGCGCGGCGGCGGAGGGCGCGCCCGUGUUCAUGGUGCACCCCAUCGAGGGCGUGGCGGCGCCGCUGCGCGGGCUGGCGGCCGGCGUGCGCGCGCCCGUGUUCGGGCUGCAGUGUACGGCGGCGGCGCCGCUGGAGGACAUGGCGGCGCUGGCGCGCUUCUACGUGACGCACGUGCGCGCGCUGCAGGCGGCGCCGCCCUACACGCUGCUGGGCUACUCGUUCGGCGCGGGCGUGGCCUUCGAGAUGGCGCUGCAGCUGGAGCGCGCGGGCUGCGAGACGCGCCUGGUGCUGGUGGACGGCUCGCCCGCCUACGUGGCCACGCACACCACGCGCGGGCGCCAGAAGCGCGCGGUGCGCUCGGAGCGCUCGGACGAGGCGGACGCGCUGGCCUACUUCGUGCAGCUGUUCAAGGACGUGGACGCGGCGCGCCUGGCCGCCGAGCUGGAGCGCCUGGACGGCUGGGAGCGACGCGUGGCGCGCGCCGUGGAGCUGCUGGCGGCCGCGCCGCACGAGCCCGCGGCGCUGGCGGCGGCGGCGGCCUCGUUCUACCGCAAGCUGGUGGUGGGCGACGCGUACCGGCCCGAGGGCCGCCUGCGCGCGCCCGUCACGCUGUUCGCGGCCAGCGACAACUACGUGGCGCUGGCCGACGACUACGGGCUGGGCGCCGUGUGCGCCGGCAAGCUGACCACGCGGCGCCUGCCCGGCGACCACCGCAGCAUCCUGGCGGGCGACGCGGCCGCGGCCAUCGCGGCGCACCUGUCGGAGCUGCAGGCGCGCUAGCCGCCCCGGCCCCUCCACACUCGUCGACGUAUUUAAGUGCAACGGCCUCUCUAUUUAACUCUAUGGGGUAUAUAGUAGAAUUUGUAACUAUAGAAUAAUAUAUUUGAAAUGAAAAGAGCUCGGCUCGCCGCUUGUGAUACGACACAUUCCUCCCGUUGGCGCCCUCGCGCUCGCGCCGCGACUGUCGCGUCGCCUCCGCGCUCCGUCGUAGUGAGAAGUGCAAAAAUGGAAAUUCGAGAAACGCAACAGAAAUAAAAGACUUUUAGUGCUAUCUUAUAAGUAUAUGUUUCCUACUUCCGUGUAUACGUAAAGUAAUAGCGCGAAGUAUCGUCGCAAGAACGAGUUAACAAUGUUACGUACGUUAUGUAACAAUGACUGGUCUGCGACCUAACAUAUCUUAAAAUAGUACACAAUGUAAAAUCGUUAUAAUUAUAUAAAACGUACUCAAUUAAAUUUGGAUUGUAUUAAUGGAAAUGAAAACUAAGAAAUUAUUGUAUAUUUUUUUAAACAAUCACCGACGAGCUAAUGUUGUCGCGAACGUGCCCCGGGCGCGCCGCCGCGGUUAGCGUUAAGUAGAUGUAAGUAGGAUAGUUCCUGUGAGUGGUUGUUGUGAUAAGUUAUUAUUUAUUGCAAGUGCUCUGUGAUUAUACAAAUGCAUUAUUUUUUAUCAAAA